CCGUAGCGAGCCAUUUGGGCUCAAGCCACUCUGACCAAUAUUCUAUUUCACAGCAAAGGAUGAUUCACGCCGGCGGCGGCUUCGGUAGCGGCGGCGUGGGCAUGGGUUACGGCGACGCGUACAGGGGCGACGCGAAUUAUUGCGGCGGUGGCGCGGCUUACGGUGGUGCGUACGGCGGCGACGCGGGUUGCUGCGGCGGCUCGGCGGGCUACGGGUACGGCAGCGCCUCUGGCUUCGGUCUCGCCGGUGGCAUGCCGCCACAAACUCAGACCUACAUGGGGCCUGGUGGUGACUACGUGCAGGAGACGACGUACAAAUACGUCGGCAUGGGGGCGGGCGGCCCGCAAGCAGUCUCGGAGACGGUCAUCUCGAGUACAUUGCCCCUGCCUCGCCGUGGCCCCCAUUGCUGUUGCCUGUGCCUGAUCCCCGUGCUACUGUCGCUUCUGUUGCUCCCGCUGCUGGGCUGGUUCCUCAUGGGCUCGACCAGCACUACGACGACCACCACGGCUCUCAUCACCACUCCACCACCGCCACUGCUGGCAGCGCCGCCGACGCCUCCGCCUGAUGCUCCGACCACGAGCAAGAAAACCACCACGGAGGCUCCGCCGCCGCCCCCGCCACCGCCGCCUCCGCCUCCGCCGCCCCCCCCGCCGCCGCCGCCGCCCCCGCCGCCGGAGCCGGCGACGACCACGGAGAAGAAGGUGGACUGCGCGGAAGGUGAUCCGCCGUCUUGGGAGGUAUCCAAGAGGGUCACGUGCUGCUUGCAGGCUGGCAGGGGGUGCCCCACGACGCCUCCGCCGCCGCCGCCGCCCCCGCCGCCGCCGCCCCCGCCGCCAGCCCCAGUGGCGCCGCCCCCGCCGCCCCCGCCGCCACCCGCGCCUGUGGUGCCGCCUCCGCCACCGCCAGCUCCUGUGGCCCCGCCUCCUCCAGCCACGACGUCUGAGCCGUACGAUUGCGCGGCUGGGUAUUCGAAUUGGGAAGCGGGGUGGUCUGCAGACAAGAAAGGCUGGUGCUGUUCCAACAAGCACAUGGGCUGCGUGGAGACGACGCCGCCACCGGCCCCACCUUCCGAACCGUACGACUGCAACGCUGGGUAUUCGAAUUGGGAAACUGGCUGGUCGCCGGAGAAGAAGGAUUGGUGUUGCGCAGAGAAGAAGAUGGGUUGCAUCGAGGCCGCAUCUAAGCCUUAUGAUUGUGACGCAGGUUAUUCCAACUGGGAGGCUGGAUGGAGCGACGACAAGAAGGAAUGGUGCUGCACCAACGAGCAGAGGGGCUGCCCGAAGUGAGCUUACAGAGGCAACAGGGUGUCUACGCAGUGCCGUGCUCAGACCAUGCGCAGUACAAGUGAAGGAUCCGGGAUAGUCUCUUCGGGCGUGGUAAGGUCUUCUGGCGGCCAGCACUCCGCGCCACCAUUCUCUUCAUGUGCUCGGGAUUUGGGCAGAGACGCUGCUCGAGGCAUAUAUCCCACUGCUCCUCUCGACAGGCAAAGGUACUGCGAGAUGUGAGCACGAGUAAUCUUUCCCCAUCGGAUCAGUAUCGACAUUUACAUCCGAGACGUGAUGGUGAUCGCGGGUGCGUGGGUG